CGGAGCACUUCAGUGUACCGAUGCUAUGCAUUAGACAAUGUCGGGCUGGGAGUCCUCUCUGAGUCAGAUGGUUUCCAAGGUACCAUUUCACUAGCGUUGCCCAAAAAGGCUAGCUUCUUUAGCUGGAUCUCGGCGCUCCAAACUACGCCCGUCCCAUUUCACACAAGCUCUCCCGCUCCCUCUACUCUCUCCUGAACCCAUCGACUUCUCUCCGGCUUUCUACACCAAACGAGAUCCCACAAUGCCCUCUUCGCGACGCCGGAACGCCAAGGCGAAGAAGCGCAAAGCCGACAAAGCAACCUCGCAUGGGAUUGACGAAGACAAUAAGCCGAAGCGCCAGAAGACCAGCGAAGGAGCUCUACAUCAAUCUACUCCGGCUGACCCGCUCGAUCAAUCCCCGUUCUUCAAACUUCCCCUUGAGCUGAGAAAUAUGGUCUAUCACGAGCUUUGGCAGGCUACGCCUCGAAUCCGCGUUGACUCCAAUCCCUCUGUUCGCCGGGACCGCACGGUCGCAUAUUUGAUAUAUGACGGCGCGUCGAGAGAAGAAGGCGGCUUCAGCUGGUCGUCAGUUCGUGGAGGAUGGACGCUCCCACUGUGGCUGCGCACAAGCAAGGCCUUCCUGGACGAGGGCGUUGCGCAACUUCGACUAAAAGGAUACUGGCACCUGGACUUCCUCUUCUCGAGAGAGUUUGCAUUCGCUCGACCCAGGGGUUUACCGCUCUUUCCUACGACCGCGCUGACUAUCGAAGACGUGGCGCUGCGGCAGGUCAUGCCAACGCAGAGCAAGAAUCAAUUCACGCUUUUUCCCGCCGACGCCGCAUGGCUUCUUCAACUCUCGCGUCUUCCUUGCUUAGCGAAGAAUCUCAAGAAACUGCGGUUCCAGGCGCGCUUUUCCCUCUCCAGAAGCUCUCACCCUGUCCUUCCUCAAGACAUCGAGCUUGACCUGAGCCCUCUGUACCCCUUGGCUACGGCCUUGGAACAACUCCAUACGCUGGAGGUCGUUAUCGGUGAUUAUCUAGUUGAUUGGAAUCCCGACUCGAGGGAGUUGUUGAGAAGUAUUCAACAACAGGCCAUCCUGGACUUGGCUCAGGCGUUUUGGGGCGACAAGGUGGCAGUUACGAAAACGAAGGUUGAGGGGUCGUCUAUGAGAGCAAAGCAGCACGAGUGGUGGCUCCACCGGCUUGAGCGGCGUGCAUCAUAGCUUCCGAUGACGACAGAGUCUUCCGAGAUUGUAUCGCGACAGCAGGAUAUCGGGUUCGGGAGACCACCCUCCAGUAUGCUCAGCAUUCAAGCACGGGGCCGGA